UGAUAGUUAUCUUUGCAUGGAUUACAUUAAAUUAAUAUUUCAAGGUCUUAAUAGUUAUAUAUACUUAGUUUACUUGAAUAUGUAUUUUUUUGUCGGAGCUUAAAAUUUCUGAAAAACUCGUACUUCUUUUCAAGUAUAAAAAAAAAUGAAAUGGAAGAACAGUCUGAGAUAUAUAUGCACUGAAUGAAUGUAUGCUACCUGUAAGCACCUAAGUCUGUGUCCAGUAUUUCAAAGACACAAUAGCUGGAGACAUGGCAAUGAAUGAAGAGACUGGUGACAGCAAACGUUAUCUCAGACAUCUUCUGCUUUUGGAACAAGCUGCACCUUUGGCUUUAAAGGCUGUGAUAAAUUGUACAGCAUCAGAGAGCGGGAAAACUCUGGAAUCUCUAUUGCUUGAACACAAAGACAACAUCAAGACGAACAACAAUGAGGAAUUUCAGAAACUCUUUCAAGACAAUGAAGUGAACACGCAUCUCGACUCUUGGGACAUACGCUUAAUUUGUUUUGUAACAUUGGUCCUGUUUGAAUCACAUUUAUCCGAAAGUAAACUUGAAGCAGUGAAAUGCAUAAGAGAUCAGCAAAAUGACUUGGACAAUUAUGCUCGUUCUGCUGAACUAAGUUUCAGCACGUUUGAAUGUAAAUGGAAUAGCUUAAGUCAUGCAUUACUCGAACUAAUGAAAGGUAUUAAUGAACAAGUCACACUUGAAUGUAAAACAAUGAUGCAUUCCUUCUACUCGGAACCCAUUCAUGUUGACUGGACACUAAUACGCAAGAUGCAGCAGGCAAAAGAUGUUAACGUUCAACUUAAAAUGGUGAUACAAGAGAAAGUCUCUACAACAAUACAUGGGACAAAAGAAAAAACUGAUGAACCUGAUGACAUGGAUGAUAUGACGCCUGAAACAGUAUUUACAGAAGCACUUCAAGACAAAUUUGCUUACGUUGGUGAGUCAGCAGUUUUAGUAUGUACAAAAAACACAGCUGAACCAUCCGUCAAAUGGCUUAAAGAUUACGAUCUUUUAGAAGAAACAAAUACUUUGAAGUUUGUUAACGAUAAAUGUUCUCACUGGAUGGUACUAUCUGAUACAAAGGUGGAAGAUUCAGGCCUCUAUUCUUGUGUUUGUGGAACUAUUUCAACAUCUGCUGUGCUUAAAAUUUCAGACAAACCCUUGGAUGUAAUCCAGGAUUUAGCUGAGCAUGAAAUCACAGAGAAUAUGGAUGUUUCCCUUGUUUGCAAAGUAUAUUUGUAUACAGAGAAACCUAUUUGGAGACACAACAACAAAGAAAUAAAACCAGAUGGAAGAGUACGUGUCUCCUCACUACGUUUGGAACACCGGCUUACAAUCUCGAGAGCAAUCUUUCAAGAUGAUGGUGAAUACAGUGUAACUUUCGGUGAUUUGACAUUGAAGACUUAUUUAACCGUGAAAGGAGAUUACGAUACUGAACAUAAAAAGCAACUAAAAGAAGGACUUUUCAAAGAUUGGAUUAGAGGUGUGUUAGGUUUGAAAUAUCUGAAAUCUGGUCUUGAAGAUGUGACAGAAAAACUUAUAAAGAAACAACAUUCGACUUAUCUGUCAGGUAUUUCGUCUAAUGGGACACAAUGUACACAAUGUACUGCAGCAACAGUUGUUCCUUCCCACAAUAGCAGUAAAUGUAAAAUACAAAGCUGUUUGUGUAAAAGAAGAGGUAGAAUAAUCUGUCCAAACAACUUUUGCGGCCAGUAUUUUGAUUUUGUAAUUGCUGAUCAUCGCUAUAAUGAACCAUUGCUAAAAAACACAGAUAUACAAAAAUGGAGUAGCAGCGAGCACUGGAGCCUUGCAACGUGUUUUAUUAGUACCCCAGGUUACAAAGGUAAAACAUCAGCGAAAGAGGUAGACUGUGCGGGGCUAUUAAGUAUAUUUAUCAACAACAAAGUGUUCAGCUCAGAUCUUGGUGACAUUGGUAUAGACGGUCAAACGGAUUGCUUUAAAAAGGCAAGAGAUGUGAGGAAUGAACUACUUCAUAAUCCAAAUUAUGAAUUGUCAACAGCUGAACUGUGUGAUUAUAUCGAUUUGUUCAAGAGUGUGCUGGAGGUCAAGGAUAAAUCUGGCGGAUCACCACUGUUACAGGAACCAAAAGUGAAAGAAGCUAUCGUCAGUUUGAAUGAGUUACAACAGAAUGACAUUGAACUAUAUACGACAGAAGACCUUCAACAAAAAAUAAGAGAUAAUGGUAUGGAAGAAGCCGCAAAGAAAGUUAAAGAAUUCCAAGAAGAGAGUAUGAAAAAGCUUCAGCUGUUGGAAGAAAAACUGAAACUUACUGAGCAGGAACUUAAAUUGAUGCGCGAACUCAGGUCGUCACCUCGGAAAAGUAAACACUCUAUAGACAGACAAGUGCCGUUCGAACUCAUAUUACAUGUAUCAGUUGAUGGACCAACAGCAGAUGACUCCACAAGAGCAAGAGAACGUGUUUAUCAAGUCAUGAGACAUUACUUAGAUAACCAGUCUUUACAGCAAGGAGAAACAAAACGGUCUACUGACCAAUCAGUAUGCCAACUUCUUGAUUGUUUGGGCUCCAUGGCAGAUCUUCAGAUUGUCAGUGUGUCGUCUGCUGGAUUGAACAUCAACUGUUUCACUUGUGAGGCAAUUGAAGAGUUUCUCAAGGUUAUAAAUGGGAGUGACUUCCACCAAAAGAUAAUGAUGUUGAGAAAAUCCCUGGAAAAAGAACUGGCAAAACCGUAUGAAAUAGUUGCAAGCUGCUCUUUUAAGAGUAUAGAGGCUACCAGAAAGAGUCUUCGUGACCAGGGUGUUGUGAAAGACUUACCCAAUGACUUUGCCUGUGAAAAGCAUGACGGUACGCCAUGCAGAUGGUAUUGUUCUGACCAUGUCAAGUUUUGCUGCUCAACUUGUAAGGAAAAGGACCACGGAUCAUGUAUGGGUAUGAAGCAGGUCCUAUCAGACAGAACGUACAGGGAAAAGGAUGUAACGAGUCUGUCUAUCACAAGUAAGAUAGGAGAGUAUGAUGUGAGAGUUAACAAAGAAGACUCAUGCACUGUUAGAAGCAUAUGUGUGCUACCAAAUGGUAAUAUUCUCAUUGUGGAUGCUAGAAACGACACACUUAAGAAACUUGACAGUUCAUACAAGUUUGUCGGUGAAUGUAGAUUUACCCAUUCGCCUCGUGACGUGUGUUAUAUUGGUAGCAAUAGAGCAGCUGUGAUUCUGAGGAAGACUGGUAUUCAAUUUGUGAAUACACAAUGUAUAUAUGGUAGAAUGAAGCAGGAGAAUACUAUCCAGCUUGACCAUGAGUGCUGGGGUCUAGAUUGUUAUGGUGAUACACUCUUUUACACUUGCAAUGACGCAGUAUACACCUAUAAUUUAGAACGCCAGCAGAAACGAGUUCUCUGCGAGAAAAGGCCUUUCUUGCGUAUUGCCGUCAGUAAUGAUGGGGAGAGAAUUUACGUAGCAGUUAAUUUAAUUGGUCUUACAGUAAUAGACAAUCAAGGCAAUAAUCUCUCUACAUUAAGGACUGACGGAUUCAAAGAUAUUGAGGAUGUCUGCGUUACUGAUGAUGGCACUCUGCUGGUACUGGACAAGCUGGGCUACGUACAUCAUGUUGACUGUCGAGGUGAACGAGUACUUGGAACUGUCAUGAAGAAGUCUGACACGAAAUUGUUGUGCUAUGAUAGCAGGAGACGUAGAAUGAUUGUUGGGUGCACGAGCCACGAUCAUAUAAAAUUCUAUGACCUUCAGUAGGACAAUGAUUACAUUCUGAGUGUCCUGUGGGAAACUAGCUGAAACAUAUUAUUAUACAAAUCUUUUAAACGAAACUGCACAAAUACAUACUUUUGUAAAUAAAUGUUGAGGAUGCAAAACAUGAUGUUUGUAGAAAUGUUUAGUGCACUACCAACUUUGUGAUUGAAUACUUUUAUUCUUGAUGACUGUGUAAACUGAUGAAAAUGAUUUACUUAAAUGUUGUUAGUAUUUUAUUGAUGUUUCUAUAUAUUACAUUUCUCUUUCAAUAACACGAAUGUGUAAUAUUAUAACACGAUAUUAUAUGUCUAGGGUAAAUGAUCUAAAUAUUUUCCUUUUUCUAUGUUAUAUUGUAUUUGCAUAUAUUCAAAGACGGGUAAAUACUGUUUAGAUUAGCCCAGAAGUAAUUUUGUGACAUUGCUACGCCCCCCAAAAAAUCAUCUGUAUUCUGUAUUCUUUACGAUAAUGCAAUAAAACCUGGUAUGUUUUA